GCCAGCGCUGUCCGAGGAGCCCUUGUGCUAAAGAAAUCCCAUCAACAAUCGAUGGACUCGGAUGACAAUAUCGAGGAAUUGGAGGAUCUUGAAGAAGAAGAACAGGAGUACACAAAAAAUGAACUUGACAGAGCUCGUAUCUAUGAACAAGGGGAAACACGGGAUUUUCUGCAGUUUUUACGAAAAAUCAGAUACGAUCACCGACAAUGUCCGGAUGACGAACAUGGAGGUCCCGUCACGAUUAACGUCUCCAUUGUAGUCAGCAAUGUGCGGUCAGUGUCCGAAGUCACAAUGGACUAUUCUAUUGAGAUGUUCUAUCGUGAAGCGUGGCGAGAUCCAAGGCUCAAAUAUAGUAGAGCAAAAUUCAAAAAUAAAACGGAAAUCUCGUUACACGAAAGCUACUCGAACUUUCUUUGGCAUCCCGACACUUUCGUGCCGAACGCAAUUGCUUCGAAAAAUCCUCGAAAGCAGAGUAUCACACAUAGAUCCUUACUACGCAUUAAGGCAAUUAUUGUUCCAGGGAUGGAUCUUACCUUGUUCCCAUUCGACUCACAGCUUUGCAAGCUUGGAAUUGAAAGUUAUGGUUAUACAGCUGAUCAAGUCCGAUAUGUAUGGUCACAAGGGCGAAUAAAAGCGCUGAUAUUGCAUAAAAUCCGUCUCCCAGACUUCCAAAUCAAGGAGAGCUUCGUGACCAGCGACUACUCUCGAUUAUAUGUAUGUUUCGUGUUCUCUCGCUCUGCCGGUUUCUGCUUUCUACAGCUCAUUAUCCCGUCGACAGCCGUCGUCAUUACCUCAUGGGUGUCAUUGUGGAUGGAGAACGAGACAUCGUUUCAGGAUAUGAUAUCGAUUAUAUUAACAAUUACGUUUUUAUUAUUCUCUUACAACGAAGUAAUGCCUCGAGUCAGUUAUAUCAAGGCUAUGGAUGUGUACCUUGGUGUAUGCUUCUGUAUAGUAUUCUGUUCAUUGAUCAAAUUGGCCAUUAUAAAAUAUAUGCGACAACGGUUGAAAAUAACACGGGAAACAUCGAUUGUCGCUGGUUUGAUACCUAUUGUGCGUGUAGUGAACGGUAUAAGUGAUCCUAACACUACUCUCUACGCUCUUGAGCAGGGCGCUGUGAAAAAGAAUGGCCAUUAUAGUUCAUUACCUACGGACAAACACGAUUCCACGGUAACGGUGGAUUCAAAAGCGAAAUCUAUCGAAUUCUCACCUCGUUUUAUACAUCGAUUCCAUUGGAUAUCACAAAUGUCAUUCUUCUUUGGAUUCGUCAUCUUUUGUUUAUUCUAUUUUCUAGUCUAUCCCAAUAUUCAUACACAGGUAACAUUAAUGUUUUUCCAUCGAUAUUUUAAUUAUCGUCAACAAAUAUCAGUGAUCAGAGAUCGUAAUUUGAUAACGAAUUGA